UUGGCGCGAUUUAUCCUGCUCUUAUUACUAAUGUUAUGUUCGAAGAGUUGUAGAAGGAGUUGCAUUUCUCCUUCACUUUGACUGCAUGAUAUUGGAUUUUUUUUUUCUUACAGAAAACCAGCGUGCAUGGGACCUGAAUGUUUUAUUUUUUUAUACAUCCAUAUUUUCCUACACAAAAUUGGACUACCUAAACUUGUGUGAUAUGAUAAAAUCUCACUAAAUAGAUUCGACAUCAACAUGAUCCAGUGGGGAGUCAUACUACUGUGUGUGAUAUUAUCAUGGAGGCUACAAACAGCAUCAUCUCAAACCGAUGAAGUGGUGUGUCCUGGUACUCAGAAUGGACUGAGCUCCACCGGUUCUCAGGAGACUCAGUACAACCUGAUUAAGGACCGGUAUGACGGCUGUGAGAUCAUCAUGGGAAACCUGGAGAUCACUCAGAUUGAGAAUAACUGGGACCUAUCCUUCCUAAAGACAAUCCGUGAGGUGACUGGCUAUGUCCUCAUUGCCAUGAACCACUUUCAGGAGAUUCCUCUGGGGCAACUGCGGGUCAUCAGAGGAAACAGUCUGUACGAGAGACGCUUCGCUCUCUCUGUCUUCUUCAACUACCCCAAGGACGGCUCCAACGGCCUGCGGCAGCUGGGGCUCGCAAAUCUGACAGAGAUUCUGGAGGGAGGAGUGCAGAUUAUCAACAACAAGUACCUGAGUUAUAGCCCCUGGAUCUUCUGGCAAGACAUCAUCAGAGACAACAGUGCUCCAAUUGACAUCCAGUACAAUGGAGAGAGAGGCCCAUGCCACAAAUCUUGUGGAGAUUACUGCUGGGGCCCAAAUGCAGACCAGUGCCAGAUCUUGACUAAGACGGUGUGCGCUCCUCAGUGUAACGGCCGCUGUUUUGGGACGAGCCCCAGGGACUGCUGUCACAUAGAGUGUGCAGCGGGAUGUAAAGGCCCUCUGGACGCAGACUGUUUUGCAUGUCGUCAUUUCAACGACUCUGGAGCUUGUGUGCCUCAGUGUCCCCAGACUUUGAUCUAUAACAAGCAGACGUUUCAAAUGGAGACCAACCCUAACGCCAAAUAUCAGUACGGAUCAAUCUGUGUCUCCCAGUGCCCCACUCAUUUCGUGGUGGAUGGCAGCUCCUGUGUGAGCGUUUGUCCACCAGACAAGAUGGAGGUGGAGAGAGAAGGCCAGAGGCAGUGUGAGCUCUGCAGCGGACUCUGCCCAAAAGUGUGUGAAGGCACUGGCGCUGAGGACAGACAGACAGUGGACUCCAGCAACAUCGACAGCUUCACCAACUGCACAAAGAUCCAGGGCAGCCUCCACUUCCUGGUCACAGGGAUUCUUGGAGAUGCCUUUAAAAACAUCCCACCCCUGGACGCCAAAAAGCUGGAAGUGUUUCGCACUGUCAGAGCAAUAACAGAUAUCCUAAAUAUCCAGUCGUGGCCCAAAGAGCUGAAUGAUCUGUCCGUUUUCUCGAGUCUCGCAACCAUUCAAGGGAGGUCCAACGACAAGCGUUUUUCUCUGAUGGUGAUGCGAAUCCAAACUCUUAGCUCACUGGGUCUGCGCUCUCUCCGGGAGAUCAGCGACGGCAGCGUGUACAUCAGUCAGAAUGCCAACCUCUGUUACCACCACACUGUAAACUGGACGCAGCUGUUCAGAGGCCGCAGAGUUCGAGUCAACAACCUCAACAACAACAGGCCGCUGUCAGAGUGUGUUGCAGAGGGCCGUGUGUGUGACCCGAUGUGUUCAGACUCGGGUUGCUGGGGCCCCGGGCCCGACCAGUGUCUCUCCUGUAGGAACUACAGCAGAGACGGCACAUGUGUGGGCAGCUGUAACUUCCACACCGGAGCUCCAAGGGAAUUUGCAGGACCUGAUGGCGAGUGUGUCGCCUGUCAUCCAGAGUGUAAGCCUCAGAGCGGGACAGCCAGCUGUACUGGAGUGGGUGCAGACGAGUGUUUGGCAUGCGCCAACCUCCGAGAUGGUCCUUACUGCAUGUCCUCUUGUCCCACUGGGGUGAACGAUGGACAGAAGGGGCUCAUCUACAAAUACCCCAACAGGGAAGGUCACUGUGAACCAUGUCAUCUCAACUGCACACAAGGAUGCUCAGGCCCAGGAUUAAAUGAUUGUUUAGAGGCAGCCAGGCUGGCAGCUAGCAGUGGUCAGAUCACAGGCAUCGCUCUAGGCGUCCCGGCUGGCUUGAUCUUCUGCCUGGCGUUGUUUUUCCUGGGCGUGCUGUACCAACGAGGCCUGGCCAUCCGCCGCAAGAGAGCCAUGAGGAGGUACCUGGAGAGCGGAGAGAGCUUUGAGCCACUGGGUCCCGGGGAGAAAGGCACCAAGGUUCACGCCCGCAUCCUGAGGCCCUCAGAGCUGAAGAAAAUCAAAGCGCUUGGCUCUGGAAUUUUUGGCACAGUCCACAAGGGUUUUUGGACUCCAGAGGGAGAGUCAGUGAAGAUCCCUGUGUCCAUUAAGACCAUCCAGGAUAGCUCAGGCCGACAGACCUUCACUGAGAUCACUGAUCAUAUGCUGUCCAUGGGCGGCCUGGAUCAUCCCUACAUCGUUAGGCUGCUGGGCAUCUGCCCAGGUCCCAGUCUUCAACUACUGACCCAGUUUAGCUCACAGGGCUCCUUACUGGAGCACAUCAGGCACCACAAGGACAGCCUGGACCCACAGCGCCUGCUCAACUGGUGUGUGCAGAUUGCUAAAGGUAUGUACUACCUGGAGGAGCACUGCAUGGUCCACAGGAACCUGGCUGCCCGCAACAUCCUGUUGAAGAACGACUACCAGGUCCAGAUCUCUGACUACGGCGUAGCAGACCUCCUUUAUCCCGAUGACAAGAAAUACGUCUACACUGACACCAAGACACCCAUAAAAUGGAUGGCACUGGAAAGCAUCUUGUUUCGAAGAUACACUCAUCAAAGUGACGUUUGGAGCUAUGGGGUGACAGUGUGGGAGAUGAUGUCAUUCGGAGCGGAGCCGUAUGCGUCCGUGCAGCCACAGGAGGUGCCGAGUCUGCUGGAGAAGGGCGAGCGACUGUCACAGCCCCAAAUCUGUACCAUAGACGUCUACAUGGUCAUGGUUAAAUGCUGGAUGAUUGAUGAAAACAUAAGGCCGACCUUCAAAGAGCUGGCCAGUGACUUUACUCGCAUGGCAAGAGACCCACCGAGAUAUCUGGUCAUGAUGUUGGAAGGAGAAGAAGCUGCCUCGGUUGAGAUCCAUCGAAGAGAAUCGGAGCGAGGGCUUCUGGAGGCAGCUUUGGAAGACCAAGACGAGGAGGGACUGGAGGACGGUUUGACGACUCCUCCUCUCCAACACUCUCCAUCUUGGAGUCUGUCUCGUUCACGGAUUAAUUCUUACAGGAGUGGUGUCUCUCAGGCCGGACCCAUUGGAUACCUGCCAAUGACCCCCAGCCCUGUGGACAGCAUCCGCCAGCUGUGGCUUCAAAGGACUCGGUUGAGCUCGGUGCGGACGCUGCCAGAGAGGUCAGAGUUCAGGGGGAGUGGCGGCAGAGAGGCAGAGGAAGGUUUACGGACUGGGAGUCUUCACCGGGCCAGGUUUGGCUCCGAGAGGGGUACUCCUCAUAUAUCCAUCAGCCGGCACAGGAAACUGUCAACAGCAUCAAGUCCAUCCUCGUAUAAAGUGUGGACCGCAGAGGAGGAGGAGGAGGAGGAGGAGGAAGAGGAGGAGGUGGACCACUUUGGCUAUGUCCUGGCUGGGUCACCUGUCACUCCAGAGAGAGUCUGCAGAGUCCCUCAUUCUGGGCGAAGAAGCUCAAAACUCAAGAAUAAUCUGUCUCUCGUGGUGAUGAAUAUCUCCCAGGAGUAUGAAAUCAUGAGCAAAGAAGAGGCUCCUCUUUGCUCAACCAGCGGCGUCUCAUCACAGGCAGAUGUGGCAGUUUGUCGUAAAACUUCGCCUCUACCCUCGCCAACCAUCAUCGCUCCGUCACCUGUAGAGGACGCAGCACAUGUGGAAACUCUGACACCAAUCUCAGCUGUAAGGAGUAAGCAAGUGGAUGAGGAUUGUGAAGGAGGUGUUGCAGAGAAACAUCAGCUCCCUGGAGACUCUGAUAGUGGGAUCAGAGCUGACCAAGGUGAGGCAGCUCAAGGGAUAGGCAGGUAUGAGUACAUGGAUAUCAGGCGAUCAGACUCUACAGAGGAUCCAGCGUGGGAGAGACGUGGGAGUCAAACAUCAGCAAAGAGUGCAACAGAGACGGAGGAAGAAGCAGACCAACUAGCGGAGGUGUUGAAAAAGGAGCUUGAGGAGGAGGAAGAGGAGAACACAAAUAAACAACCUGCACUUCAGGGGGCACAUCUGAGCUGUAUGGCGAUGCCCGGGCCAGAUGUGCUCACAGCUGGGGGAGAAUUGGUGGAGGAGUAUGAGGAGAUGACCACAUUUGGAGUGGUGCCCAGUGGGUGGGAGCAGGCAGACUACCAGAACCUCCCAGUGAAGGGGAGGGCUGUUUCUGAGGAGACGGGCAGUGGCAGGUGUGCAGGGAUCGGGGGAUACAUCAAGGUGUGUGCUGGGAUGGGGGAGCCUGGCAACAACACAUCAUUUGACAACCCAGACUACUGGCACAGCAGACUGUUCCUCAAGCCAGAUGCUGUACGCACCUAAUAAUGUGGACUGGGACAGAGACAGUAACGCUUACUUUACUUCCUGUCAUAAAUGUGGGUAGUUUUGUAAAGCUUUUUUUCCUUUGAGUUCCAGCAUCUAACAAACUUUUAAGAUAAAAGUGAUCAAAUAAAUACGCCUGAGUCUCAUUCCACAGUUUUUAUGCUGUAAAUAAAAGUUUAUGAAACCAACUGUGAGUUGGUACAGAAACCACAAAAUAAAGGCUGAAGCAGUCAAAACGUGUGGUGUUUGCCCGUGAUGGUGAGCAGUUCCUGAAUUAAAAAACAGCCAUUUAAAGUUUACCUUGCCACUGUGUAUUUUUGAUAGAUUGAUUGAUUUGUUUUUUUUUGAGUGUCCUGUACCAUAUGGUGCCCAGCCCAUAUUAUUAAAAAUAUGGAAAACAUGUCUGUGAUCUUCUGAAAUCUGAUCUAAUCAACUUGAACACACCUUGGAAAUAAUCAAAAGUAAUAAAACUUUUUUUUUUGCACUAUUUAGGACUAUUAAACGCCUAUUUGGUGGCCAUUUUAAGAAAUGGCUGCCACGGCCUUCAGGGCCCAAAUAUGCCAUGCCCCGAUAUCUAUAUCUAUUCAUAACAUAUAAACCUACAUCUGUGCCAAAUUUGUUGCUUUUUUAUUGCAAAAAGCACAAUGCUCAACUGCCAUAUAGGCUUACAAGAUACUGAACCGCAACAACCGGGAUGGUGCACAUGACCAAUCCAAACAUACAGUUCCACAUAUUAAAAGAGAGAAAAUUUCAUAACAUUCAAUUUCCAUAACAACAAAAAAAGUCUUAUUAUGUUGGAUACAGUGUUCGUUGCCAUGCAUUUUCUAUAAAUCUGUGAUUGCUUCUUUGUUACAAGACUUGUGUAAUUUGUAGCAGUAAGAUGAGAUGACCAUGUCCCAUUUCUGUAGUCUUUUUGUACACUUUAUUAUAAUAUGAAUUAUUAUAUAAAUGAAUAAAUGCUCUUAUUUUGCAAAUAUCAAA